AUGGAGGGUACGGUAAGCAUCCUGCGGCGCUCCAUCUCCAGGAAGUCAUUCCGAGCGCUUAGCGAAUCCUCUUCCAAACCCAAACCCCAGGACGACGAGAUGGCCGUCGCUUUCCGAGACUCGUGGUUUGACAACAAUCACAGCUUGUUCCCGAGGCACAGGGACUCGCUGUGGGCUCGUGAUGAUUGGCUCGACCGGAUGGAGGACUGGCCCAGGGACUGGCCGAGACCGCGCGAGAUGAUGAGCCGAGCUGAUCGGAGUAUGGAAGAGUAUGUUCAGUUCUUCCGCGACAACGAGCGCCUCGAGGAUUGGCCGAGGGACUGGCCGAGGAUGGACGCCGUCAUGCCAAAGUUCACCUCGCAUCUCGACCGCCUAGACAACAACUGGCGCCAGGAUCCAUUUUGGAAGGACCUGUACCCUAACUGGGCGCAGCCGCUUUUCAAGGAAGGCAUCGAUGUCAACUCCUCGAUCACGAAUGAUGAUCGCCGCUUCGCGGUGGCCAUCGACUGCUACCAGUUCAGACCGGAGGAGAUCCAGGUAAAAACGCUGGAUGAUACUCUCCUCGUCGAGGGCCGUCAUGAAGAGGCACGAGACCGUGACAACUUCACGAAGAUGUAUUUCGUUCGGAAAUACCAACUGCCCAACGACAUUGACCCGCAGGAGAUCAGCAGCAAUAUUGAUUCGAGGGGCCGUCUCACCGUCGAGGCCGCCAAGCGCCCUCAAGCCCUGACCGGCCGCGAACGCCUGGUCCCGAUCGAGGGAUCGAGUAAGUAUCGCAGCACCAGCCGCUCGCGCCACGACUCGGGAUUCAGUAACGGUCUCUCCCCGUCUUCGGGCGCCCGGAACUACUCUCCAGUGCAAGUUGACACUAGCUCACACCUUGGGCGUCAUCACGAGGAGGAUCGCUACCGUAAUGAGUACCGCUCGUCGUCGCGUCAGGAGUAUAACGGCGGUAGCGGUGGCUAUGGAGGCCGCACCGUUGAGGUCCCGAUCCAUCGUGAAGGGGCGGAUAACCGUCAGUAUGGGGAUUCGCUCCUGUACCGUGAUGCUGAACUGGCUGACCGUGCCGCCGGAAACCAACACUCUGAGAGCUAUUAUCGCCAUGAGAGUCGCAACAAUUUGAGCCCGCAUCAGGUCACCGCCUCCAACGAGAACCGCGCCUACACUAAUGGCGGCGGCGCCCGCCGCACCUCCUUCGACACGAAUGGAUUCCGUUCGCAUUCGGCAUCUCGCGGAGCGGCCGAAUCGCAGCGCCACGAGUCUUCGUAUCAGAGCGGAUACCAGGGCGGAUACCAGAAUGGGUACCACCACGAUAGCAGCAGCUCUCGAAAUGGUGGAUACCGCGUCGACUCACCCGCCUCCACCUCCACCGGCAUCCUGAAACGCACUGAGGAUCUUCCGCCCAGAUCCGAAUCCCGUUCCGAGUCCGUCCGCUCCGUCAAAAUUGUCCGCACCUACAAC